AUGUCGGGGGUCGUUCGCCUCCUCGCCCUGCUGCUGGCGCCGCUGCUGCUGGGCUUUGCGCAUGGUCUGCACAACGCCACCCAGAGAACAUUCCAGAUCGACUACCACCAUAACCGCUUCCUCAAGGAUGGCCAGCCCUUCCGCUACAUCUCAGGAAGCAUUCACUAUUUCCGUGUGCCCCGCUUCUACUGGAAGGACCGGCUGCUGAAGAUGAAGAUGGCUGGGCUGAAUGCCAUCCAGACGUAUGUGGCCUGGAACUUCCAUGAGCUGCAGCCUGGACAGUACAAUUUCUCCGGGGACCAUGAUGUGGAGCAUUUCAUUCAGCUGGCUCAUGAGCUGGGACUGCUGGUCAUCCUGAGGCCUGGACCCUACAUCUGUGCAGAGUGGGACAUGGGAGGAUUACCUGCUUGGCUGUUGGAGAAAAAAUCUAUUGUUCUGCGUUCUUCAGAUCCAGAUUACCUUGCGGCUGUGGACAAGUGGUUGGGGGUCCUUCUGCCCAAGAUGAGGCCCCUCCUCUACAAGAAUGGAGGCCCGAUUAUCACAGUGCAGGUUGAAAAUGAAUAUGGCAGCUACUAUUCCUGCGAUUACGACUACUUGCGUUUCCUGCAGAAGCGUUUCCACGACCACCUGGGUGAGGACGUGCUUCUGUUCACCACGGACGGGCUGAAUGAGAGGUUCCUGCAGUGCGGGGCGCUCCAGGGGCUCUAUGCCACCGUGGACUUCAACGCAGGUACCAACCUCACAGCUGCUUUCAUGCUCCAGAGAAGCCUUGAGCCCAGAGGACCCCUGAUCAAUUCUGAAUUCUACACUGGAUGGUUAGAUCACUGGGGCCAACGUCAUUCAACAGUCAACCCUAAAGCGGUGGCUUUCACCCUUCAUGAUAUGCUUGCUCUCGGGGCAAAUGUGAACAUGUACAUGUUUAUAGGUGGCACCAAUUUUGCCUAUUGGAAUGGAGCCAACACCCCCUACCAACCACAGCCCACCAGCUAUGACUAUGAUGCCCCCCUGAGCGAGGCCGGGGACCUCACUGAGAAGUAUUUUGCUCUGCGGGAUAUUAUUCAGAAGUUUGCAAAAAUACCGGAAGGUCCUGUCCCCCCAUCCACACCAAAGUUUGCAUAUGGAAAAGUUGCUCUGAAAAAGUUAAAGACAGUGGAGGAUGCUCUCAACAUCCUGUGUCCCUCUGGACCCAUAAAAAGUGUUUAUCCCUUGACAUUCAUUGAUGUGAAACAGUACUUUGGAUUUGUGCUGUACCGAACAACACUCCCUGAAGACUGCAGCAACCCUACACCCCUCUCUUCGCCAACCAAUGGCAUCCAUGACCGGGCCUAUGUCUCUGUGAAUGGGGUCGCCCAGGGAGUCCUUGAACGAGAAUCUGUGCUCACCCUGAACAUAACAGGGAAAGCUGGAGCCACCUUGGACCUCCUGGUGGAGAAUAUGGGGCGUGUGAACUAUGGCCCGUCUAUCAACGAUUUCAAGGGUCUUGUUUCUAACCUGACCCUUGAUUCCGAAAUCCUCACCGACUGGGAGAUCUUCCCGCUGGACAUGGAGGAUGCAGUACGCAGUCACCUGGGGACCUGGGAUGGCCGUGACAGCGGCUACCACAUUAAAGCCCAUGCACACAGCCCACCUACCUACGCACUCCCGACCUUUUAUGUGGGUAACUUCACUAUUCCCAGCGGGAUCUCAGACUUGCCUCAGGACACCUUCAUCCAGUUUCCUGGAUGGACCAAGGGUCAGGUGUGGAUCAACGGCUUUAACCUCGGCCGCUACUGGCCAGUGCGGGGCCCCCAGAUGACCCUGUUCGUGCCUCAGCACAUCCUGGUGACCUCGACCCCGAACAUCAUCGUGGUGCUGGAGCUGGAGCGUGCACCCUGCCAGGACAGUGGCUCGGAACUGUGCACCGUGGAGUUUGUGGACAAGCCGGUUUUUCGUACAGUUCAGGCCAAUAGACAUGCAAACUAG